AUAUAUAUAUAUAUAUAUAUAUAUUAGUAGUGCUAGAUGGAGAUUUGAACAACGAUAAAUUAGUUGUGUCUUUAUUUGAAACGCUGGGUUCAGUGAUUUGGGCAUGUACAAGAAAUGUUAUCAUAGAGACUUCCACAUAGUGCUUUAUUAGGACUCUAAAAUAGUUGAAAGCAGAGAGGUAAUAGUCAGUUUAUAAAACGAAGACGUGGUAGGAAAUAAAGAUGUACAGGAAAAGAAUUUGUCGGUUUAUUGAAACUCUAGUUCGAAUCUUAUAGAUAGUGUAAUUCAUUGGCUUGAGACGUUAUCAGACAUAGUUCUAAUGAUUCUUACGCACUCCCCCAAUUUUUUUGCCCUUAUUUAUGUGGUGCAUAUUAAUUUUAUUGUCCAUUUGUAACAUUGAGUCACAAAUAAAUAAACUAGUAGAGCGGGAAAGCAGCAGGGCCUGACAAUAGACCAGCUGAAGCGUUGAAGUCAGACAUCGAAGUAACUACAAGCAUGCUUCAUCUUCUAUUCAAGAAGAUUUGGCAGGAGGAACAAGUGCCGAUGGAUUGGAAAGAAGGACACCUCAUCAAGAUUCCAAAGAAAGGAGAUCUGAGCAAGUGUGAAAACUACAGAGGCAUUACACUACUGUCAAUACCAGGUAAAGUCUUCAAUAGAGUUUUACUGAACAGGAUGAAAGACGCAGUAGACGCUCAACUUCGAGAUCAACAAGCUGGAUUCCGUAAGGACCGGUCAUGCACAGACCAGAUUGCGACACUACGGAUCAUCGUCGAACAAUCAAUUGAGUGGAACUCGUCAUUGUACAUCAACUUCAUUGAUUAUGAGAAGGCAUUUGACAGUGUAGAUAGGAGGACGUUAUGGAAACUUCUUCGACACUACGGAGUUCCUGAGAAGAUUGUCAACAUUAUCCGGAACUCAUACGAUGGACUACAGUGCAAAGUAGUGCAUGGAGGACAGCUGACUCACGCAUUCCAAGUAAGGACCGGAGUAAGACAAGGCUGUCUACUCUCUCCCUUCCUGUUUCUUCUGGUGGUCGACUGGAUUAUGAAGACCUCGACAUCUGAGGGAAACUACGGCAUACGAUGGACAGCUCAGAACCAAUUAGACGACUUGGACUUCGCAGAUGACCUAGCCCUCCUAUCACAUACACACGAACAAAUGCAGAUAAAGACAGUCAGCAUAGCAGCAGUCUCUGCAUCAGUAGGCCUCAACAUACACAAAGGGAAAACCAAGGUCCUCAAACACAACACGGAGAACAGCAAUCCAAUCACUCUUGAUGGCGAAACUCUGGAAGACGUGGAAUCCUUCACAUACCUGGGAAGCAUCGUCGAUAAACAAGGAGGUUCAGAUGCAGACGUCAAGGCGGCAUUCCUUCAACUGAAGAACAUAUGGAACUCAAAACAACUUUCAACCAAUAUCAAAGUCAGAAUCUUCAAUACCAACGUCAAGGCAGUUCUACUGUACGGAGCUGAAACUUGGAAAACUACAACAACCACCAUCAAGAAGGUACAGGUAUUUAUUAAUAGCUGUCUACGCAUGAUACUCAACAUCCAUUGACCGGAUACCAUCAGCAACAGCCUUUUGUGGGAGAGAACCAACCAGCUUCCAGCUGAAGAGGAAAUUAGGAAAAGACGAUGGAAAUGGAUAGGACAUACAUUGAGGAAAUCAUCAAACUGCAUUACGAGACAAACGCUAACUUGGAAUCCUGAAGGGAAGCGGAAAAGAGGAAGGCCAAAGAACACAUUACGUCGGGAAAUAGAAGCAGAUAUGAAAAAGAUGAAUAAGAACUGGAAAGAGCUUGAAAGGAUUGCCCAGGACAGGGUUGGAUGGAGAAUGCUGGUGAGCGGCCUAUGCUCCUUCACGAGGAGUAACAGGCGUAAGUAAGUAA